CAUGCAAACUGUCCGUCAUAUGACUGGUACCCAUACGAAAACACAGCAAGGCGGGGGAAAUAAUAAUCACUGUCCGUGGUGGUGCUGCUGUUGCAAGGGAAUCGCAUCUUUUCUGAUGUCUUCAGGCUGCCCGGAUCGUUUGUUUAUCUGCGGCUCCCCGUUUAUUAGUGUCAUCACCGGCCCUUCUCGGUCGAUAGAAUGAAAGGAUGGCCAAGCGGCGAGAUUCGGACGAGGAGAGUGGAGAGCUGAUCGGCCCUGCUGCGGUCCAGCGAGAUAAGACGCCGUAUCCCGGGAUGGCAAAAAUGGACGGAAUGGAGGAAAGAGGGGGAAGUGAACUGUCUUUGGAGGAGAUUUUAAUGCUCUACAGCCAACCGAUUAACGAAGAGCAGGCUUGGGCAGUGUGUUACCAAUGCUGCAUAAACCUGGCUCAGGGACAUAGGAGGAAUUCUGGCACAGCUGCCGGUGCAUCAGUGGUGGAUACUCCGAAAAGGAUUGAGGGACCACAGGAUGUGAGGAUUCAGAAAGACGGAGCUGUCAAAUUACAAUAUGAAGGCUGUGAUGGUAAAUCCAUCCCAGCCACAUCAACAGAGGUGAUUGAGUCUCUGGGCAUCAUGAUCUACAAGGCGUUGGACUACGGACUGAAGGAGAACGAGGAGCGGGAGCUGAGCCCACCCCUGGAGCAGCUCAUAGACCUCAUGACCAACAUGGGUGAGGCCGAGAGAGACGCCUGCCCUGACGAAGGUUACGAGGCGACCGAGGAAGAGGAGGAGGCCGAAGACGGCCCCAUCAACAUCUGUAAUGUUCGUGGCUACAGGGACAUCCUGAGGAUGUGUGUGUCUCACCUCCCCAGCCCUGGCGAUGCCCCCAGCCACUACCAGGCUGUGUGCCGUGCUCUCUACGCUGAGACCAGGGAGCUACGCUCCUUCCUGGAGAAGAUCAAGAGUGCCAAAGAGAAUCUUCGGAAGAUGGGUGGCGAGCCGUCUGAGGAUCCCAGCAGAGGCCUAAAUGAGCUCCAGAAUGCGGACUGGGCUAAGUUCUGGAUGCAGGUGAUGGGAGACCUGCGGAACGGGGUGAAGCUGAAGAAGGUCCAGGAGCGCCAGUACAACCCUCUGGCCAUUGAGUUCCAGCUCACGCCCUACGAGAUGCUCAUGGAUGACAUCCGCUCCAAACGCUACAAACUACGCAAGGUCAUGGUAAACAACGACAUCCCACCAAGGUUGAAGAAGAGCGCCCAUGAGGUCAUCCUAGACUUCAUCCGGUCCAGACCUCCUCUCAACCCUGCAGCAGCCAGGAAGCUGAAGCCCCAGCCCCAGGUUCCUCCCACCUUGCACGAGAGGAUCCUGGAUGAGAUCAAAUCUGAGAGGAAACUGAGACCUGUCUCUCCUGAUGUGAUCCGCAGGAGCAGGCUGGUAAUUCGGCCUCUUAGCAUGUCUCAAAGUUUUGACUUGUCAGGUGGAGGCAUAUACUACAGCACUCCACAGUUGAUCCUUACACGUCAAGAUGUGUCCAGCCCUGACGGCCGCAGGAAGACUUCCAGCACCAUGACCCUCAGCAGUCUGUCCAAUGGAGGGCCAGGGGUACCAGGGGGUGGAGCCCAGGCCCUAUGUCAGAGGAAGAGGCUGAAAGCACCCACCCUGUCAGAACUGGACAGCUCCGACUCUGACGAUGACAUCACCAUUGGGGGUCAAAAGUCAGCUAGUAGCUCCAGUGUCUCUACAUCGGUGGUGGACGACACCUCUCCAGAGUCUGUACUGGGCAGGAAGACUCCACCCAUGUUCCUGCCCAUCUCCUCAACCCCCCAGCCUGAGAGACGGCAGGCCCCCCAGAGGAGACACUCCAUUGAGAAGGAGACACCCACCAACGUACGGCAGUUCAUACCCCCAUCCAGACAGAGCUCCAAGUCUCUGGAGGAGUUCUGUUUCCCAGUAGAGUGCUUGUCCCUGACGGUGGAAGAGGUGAUGCACAUCAGACAGGUGCUGGUCAAAGCAGACCUGGAGAAGUUCCAACAGUACAAGGACGUGUACAACGCUAUGAAGAAGGGAAAGCUUUGCUUCUGUUGCCGAUCCAAAAGGUUUUCCUUGUUCACCUGGUCCUACACCUGCCAGUUCUGCAAAAGGCCUGUGUGUUCACAGUGCUGUCAAAAAAUGAGGCUGCCCUCCAAGCCCUAUGCCAACCUGCCCAUCUAUUCCCUGGGCUCUACCACCACUCUACCCAGGGACCGGGUAGCAGCUCUGGGGAAAGCUGCCAGUUUAGCUGGUCCAGCAGCAGCAGUUUCAGCAGGAAAAGGAAAAGCAGCAGCAUCAGUAGCAGCAGCAGGACCAAGCAGAGCAGCAGCCCCCAAGCCUGAGAAGCCCUCUACCAGCCACCACCGCCUCAGCCUUCAGAAGACCAUGUCCAAGUUGUCUAAGCACGGUAGUCUGGAGAAGUCCCAGUCCCGUGACGAGGUGGAGCUCCCAGCGGAGCUGACGGAGGACUGGAGCACCAUGGAAGUGUGUGUAGACUGCAAGAAGUUCAUCCACGACAUCAUCUCCUCCAGCAAGCACAGCCUCUCCCUGGCCACCAAGCGGGCGCGCUUAAAACGCAAGACCCAGUCCUUCUACAUGUCGUCCCCCAAAGGAGCUGAUUACCGACCCUCAGAAAGAACAAUCAAUGAGGUCUAGACUCUCCCCUCGUCCUUGACCUUCUCCACGGUCUUCUAGCUGCUCCCAGAACUUAUGGCACAAUAGAGAACUCUGACUGACUGGGUUUUGAGCUGGAUGACCGUGCUGCGAUCCGGCCUGUACCAGUAGACGUGUCUAGUUUAGUCUGUCUGUCGAUGCUGUCAGAGCGGGCUGUGGACCUUUACUUUUCCUUGGAGAUGUGUGGACUGUGUAGUCAGUGCUUGUUGCCAUGUCCUCUGAUCGUCACAUACAGUACGAGUACUUUCAGACAAAAGGAUACUAGUCCAUUUUUAUACAAUAUUUUGCUCGGUAAUGUCAUUUCUCCCAUAAUGUUUUGCCAUAGAGAGGUGGUUAAGGACACUGAAUGAUCAAAUGUAAAGUAUGAGGUAGUGUAAAGAUUCAAAGCGGUAUGGCCUCAGUCACCCCCUAUACUGGCACAAUUGGUGGAAUAUGGUAGGAGCUACUCGCCCACAGAAAAAUCAAUGAGCACAAGGCAAAAUAACGCUCCAUAUUUGAAUUCCUCAGGCUGUGGUAUUCUAUUGUAAGAGAGUAGGUAUGAUGCUAACAACACAAGUUGUGAACUGUGAACACCUUAAAGUGGAGACAAUAUGAGUUAAAAGCAACAAAUGAUUGGAUGAUGGCUUGAAAGGAUAUGAAACUGUGGAUGUUUUUUUUGACAGAUUAUCAUUUUCUAUGGUAUGGUAUACAUGUGUACAUAUGGUUCGGCUUAGAGUCAGGUGGUUUGUGGUGAAAAGUUGGCUCCCCCUUUUUACUCUUCUUGACAUGUUCAGGUUAUUUUUAGCUGACAGUACCAUAAUGAAUUAUGCUCAUUGAUGUUCUCUGGGUUCUGAGCGGUCUUGAUGAAGCAUCAUUUUACCAUAAAGAAUAACAGGUAACCAAACAGUGUGUCACUUUGCUCAAAGUUGGAUCAUACCCAUGAAGGUAGCCCAAACCGCUCACCUGUCUCUACGAUGGCGUUAGGGUCUACAGGAAUGUCAGGUGUCAGCUUUAGUGCCAAAAGAUUCCCUUCUGUCUAAAUCAUAAUAUAAAACCCACAUAAGUAUUUGGUGUAAAUACUCAUUGACCUUGCUAUAGAUAGCCAUCGCAGCCCCCGAUUAGAGCAUGCUUCUCCAAAAGACGUCAGACUGCUGAAUAUACUGACUAUAGAAAUAGAAUGAAUAGAACGGGCGUCCCCAUUCAAGUCAAUGAUGGCAUAAUGGGUGGACUGGCAGCCAUUUUGAGUGUACCCAUGCCUAGGUCACAAAUAUAUAGGUUAAGACAACGUCGUCAUAAAUCUGGGAACAGUGCCGUUGCUAACUGCCAGCGCUGUUGCCAACUCCCGUUGUUGUAUAUUAUUAUGGGAUAUUAGAAUCCCGUUGUCUUAACCUUUGUCAUCUUCAACCUAGACCCAUACCAGGAAGUAAAAUCAGGAUGUGUACCCUUCAUACUGUGCUGUGCUGUUUUGUUGAGUCAACUCAACUGACAUUACAAAAAAUGUAUUCCAUUGCUUGAGUCACAUCAGUUAGCAUCAUUUGAAUGAACAGUCUUCAUUACCAUGGCAAUCCAGCAUCAGUUGAUAGAACAUUCCAUGGAAAUUAUAACCAUGGAAUAACCAUGGAAAUUAUACCAUGGAGCCAUUGUGAGUGUACAGACGAGUUUACCAGUCAAAUGUCCAGAGUUAGUGCUUUCAAGCCUGUUCUAUUCAUUCUAUUUCUAUGAUACUAAUGCUAUGACAUGAUGAAGGAACAGUAUUGACACAGUUUUUGUCACUGGUAGUUGAACACGCGCGAUAUCAUUGAGCAGGUACAGUAAUUAUGCUAGAUAAUCAUGACAAAAGCAGACAAAACAGUAGAAAUCACUUUUUGUCAAUAUUUUGUAUAGCCUGUGCCCCCAAAAAUCAUCUAGUCUGUCCCAGUAACAAGCAUGCGCCCCCAGAAAUAUAUACAUAUAUGAAAUGAUCUCAAAUGGUCUUUCUUUUUUUUACAAUAGUUAUGGUAUGAUUUAACAUGCUUAAAACCACCCUCUGUUUUAUUGUAUAGGCAGCAAAGAAUGGUAUUACACGCUACUCUACUGUUCAACUCAAAGCCUCAAAAUGAUGCCUUCAUGAAUUUGUAUAUUAGUUGUGUGGGACUGUGGUGUGUCUUAACCAUACAGUUUGUCUCUAAACCAGAAGCAGAAGCAUAUUUCGGGAGCCAGGAAUCAGGAUGUAUGUAUAUUAAAGUGACUAUUACAAAUCCAGUCUUGUUCCUUAUAUUUCUGCCUUAAAUACACUGCCUUCUUCUCUCAUCAUUAACAUAUUAUUGUUGUGACAGAUUGAAUCCACAGCGAGUCAGCAUACUGUAUGUAAAUAUGAUUUAUAGUAAUGUCCGUCCAUAGAGCAGGUCUGUGUUUCCUUGACACUUUACAUCACAACUAAAAUCAUUUAGACUUGGGGCUAUUAAUUUAGCCUAGAUCCAAACUAAAUUGCUCUGUUUGGUAAAGUGAAAUAGAACUAUUCAGGUAGGAUCCAGGCUACUAUUAACUAGUUUAGAGAUUGUAUCUCACAAAACAAGUCAUUGCAGGACAGAAUACAGUAAGUAGAGUUGAUCUACUGUGUGCUACAUAAAAGAAAGGCCCAUAUGUGACAGCAACAUGCAUGUACUACUGUGUAGCUUGUAUCUUUAAACUGUUCAAACCUUCCAGAUGUAACUCCCUCCCAGAGAGUUCAAGAAAUUAUGACAAAGAAUAAUAAAAAUGUAAUGCAAUACCUUUACAAUGUUGUAUGGAUAUUUCAUUAAAUGACAUGCCGGCUUUUCAAUAAAAAAAAUAUAUAGAGAAAGCAA